CUAUGAAUUUCCCUUGACUCGGAGAGGAAGGAAACUUCAUACCGGAAGCGGCGGCGGCGGCGGCCGGAGCGCGGAGCCUGUGACCUCUGCGCCCCCUAGUGUGCCUCGGAGCCGGGACCCUCUUCGCUGACGGCCGGAGGGAGGGAAGCCGGAGCGGGAGGCGCGGCCGGAGGGGUUCUCUGACAAUGGCCUGUACUAUAGAGAAGAUCCUGACCGAUGCGAGGACCCUGCUGGAAAGGCUGAAAGACCACGACAACGCAGCUGAGUCUCUCAUUGACCAGUCUACCAUGUUGCACAAGCGGGUUGUGUCCAUGAAGGAGGCCGGCACGCCUCUUUCGCACAAGUAUCAAGAGGACGGAGCUGAGCUGAAGGACAUGUCUAAAUACAAACCUCAUAUUCUGCUAUCUCAGGAGAACACUCAAAUCAGAGACUUGCAGCAGGAAAACAGAGAACUGUGGGUUUCUUUGGAAGAACACCAGGAUGCUUUGGAACUUAUUAUGAGCAAAUAUAGGAAACACAUGUUACAGCUGAUGAUGAAAAGAAAAGAUGUGGAUGCUCAGCCAAUUUUGAAAGUGCAUCAAGCUCAGUCUGCAGAAAUUGAGAGUCAAAUCGACAGGAUCUGUGAGAUGGGAGACGUAAUAAGAAAAGCUGUUCAUGUGGACAAUGACCAGUAUUAUAAAAUACAAGAAAAGCUAGCACAGUUAGAGCUUGAAAAUAAAGAGUUGAGAAAACUCUUAACAAUCAGCAGAGAAUCUAUCGAGGUGAGGCAAGAAGAAAUGCCUGAUGGUGCUUCUCAAUCCACAAAGCAACUGCCUUUGAAUAGUUGAUCUCUGAAGCUGGUAAACUGCACUGCAGGAAGGAGUGUGCUUAUUUUACAAGCUGUUCUUUUAAUUCCCUCAUGUCUCCGUUUGGGUAUCAUUCCAGCCUUAUGCUAUAUUAUAGACUGUGCUUUGUGCAUAGCUGCUGAAAUGACUCCCUCUGCAGGCUAAGCUUUGCCCUGCUUAAUCGUGCAGAGGAGUACUCAUGCAGCUGUAGUCCUAAGCAAAUGCUUUCUCAGGGUUAUCCUUGCUUUCAGAAAUCUCAGUUGGAUAGGACAAUUUGAUCACUUUUGGCUUUUCCAGUGUAAGUACAUUUCUUUAAAAGUCAGACUUUUAUAGGAAAUGCAGCAAAAUAGUCCAAACAGACUUAUUUUCUUAGAAGUUUAUUUACUUUCAAGCGAAUAAUGCCUAAGAUAAAUUGUCAUGCAGAAUUUAGGCACUCCCGUUCUUAAUUUGAUUUAAUUAAUCGUCUAAGCAGUAUUUUGGUUCCAUUUAACUACUGUGUACCAAAAUUACUUCUCUUGAAUACAUCAACCAAUAUAGAAAGUAAUGCACAAUUAUCUGUAAAAGUAUUCUCUGAAACCCUACAUGUGUGAGUGCAGUGGUUGCACACAGAGAGAUCUCAUAAUGUAUAGCAGAAUCUUGCAUUUAGCACCCUGUCUAACAUGCCAUACCAUUAUGGAGGUCCUUGAAUGUCUCAUGUAUUUCCAUCCAUUCCUCUUUUCCCUCUCCUCCCCAACUCAAGGAAUCUGAGCUCAUGUUCCUUCACUGAGCAGAGCUGGCAUGUACAGACCUCAAAUUCCUUGUAAUUGCUUGUUGAGGGUCAGGGGGAAGAUAUCUGUUAAAUCCCUUGGAGACUCCUCUGUGUGCAGGCAUUGCUCUUGCAUGGGGAAGAAAUCAUGCCCCAUCUAUUCAUGUUUACAUAGUACUGAAAUGAUCUAGAAUGAUGACUCUUCCAAAAGCAGCAUCCUUUGGAACUUCAUGCUAAGUAUUUCAAAAUUUACUCUUUGCGAGUUAUUGAUAGUAAAAUGCUGCUGUUUCUAGAUUUCCCCCCUUUUCUUCUACUUGAGACUUCAGAUGGGUGCUGCAUGGAAUCUUGUUUGUGUACUUUAUUGAAGAUCUUGUCUUCAUGCUGAGUAGUUAAGGAAAGCAUUCACCAAACAGACUUGAAGACAAAUAAAUUAUAAAGUGAUUGUAUAGGAACCUAGCCAAGUCCUGUCUUCAUUUAUAGUGCUCUGCAGUUUAUUGUGUGUUCUUCUUAGCUGCUCGCUUGCAGACUCUCACAUCCUCAUACCUGAUAGAUUCUAUGACUGUCUCAACAUUGUGCUUGUGAUUGUGGAGCUAGAACUGGAGACAUGUCUAGCCUGUGUGGUCACAUCUGUAUAAAUGUAUUUGUCCCAUGGCAUGCUUCCAUCUUGUACAGCAUAUUGCCUAUUGCUAAAGUGUUGUAAACCAUAAUGAAUGGGAAAGAAGAUAUUUCAGUGUUUCUGCUUUCUACAGGUAAGUUUCAGAGUAGGAUCAAUUGCUCAGUGUUGACUUGAGCUUGCGGCACAUGUCCUUUCUCCAUGUUUAUCAUCUUUCCCCAUCAGUGUGGUGGAGAUGAGAGCCGGGUUUAUUCUUCAAAUUCAUCUUUUGGUGUUUUUAAAUCCUUACCAGUCAGUUUUACUUUGAAGACUGAGCUGAUAAAAGAGCUGCUGCUUUUGUGCAUUAUGCAAACAUAACCUAAUCAGCGGGACAGAUUCACCUGUAUAUCAUCACUUUGCAGUGUUAUGCCUUAAAUAUAUGCCAUCAGUGCCACCUUCAGAAUCAAACAGGCUCUUGUUAUGAGCGGCAACAUGUGCUCAGUCCGUGCAUAGAUUCUGGAUUAUUUUGUAAAUACCCUUGAGGGAUGUUACAAUGUACAUAAGUGAGUUACAGAGCUGUUGUGCUAUUGUUUGCCAUCUUAUCUGCCUGCUCUGAUAAGUGAAUUCAAUCUUGUCUUUACCUCUCAGGUAUUAAAUAUGUAUAUUUGCUCAUUUUCCUGAAAUAAAUGUUUUGAGGCAAUAUUA